GCCUUACAUUGCUCACAUGCUCUCUACUAUGUAGGCCGACCUCAGGUUAUGAGGGUAUCAAAGUUAUUUUAAAGACUGUUUCUGAUUUUAAGACUUUUGAUGGUUUGAACGAAAUUGCCAAUUUUGCAUGUAGGGAAGCUUUUCUACCAUUUAUGCAGUGUCGCAAGAUGACUUCACUUAUUUUCAUGUAACUGCUGUUGUGCGGGAAAAGAAAAGCGUUCGACCCGGUGGCAUGAAAAGCAACAAAGGAAGAGUAAUUUCCUACUCAGGUGUGAUCGACUUUUCCUCCGAGGACUGCUCGCACCAUCAAGCAACAGGUAGUCCUUUCAGGGUUUAAACCAGCCAAGCCUACCCCGAGUGACUCCGGACCAACAUGGCAGGCGCUGAAGAUGCGAAGGGGAAAGUGGAUUUGUUGGAGGAUAACCGAAUAGACUCUGGUGUUGAAUCCUUCCAAUCUUUUACGAAAGAUGACCCCUUUAAUAAAACGGUACGGGAUUCGACUUCUGAAUCCAGUGAAGCCAGGGACAAAUUUAGCAACAACACAGAGGAGAGGUUAGAUUCUGCUUAUGGCUCGUCGUCACUAACUGUUGAGAAUUUCAGUGAGAUUAUAGAGGGCUGCAACAUUUCGGAGUCUGAAGAUGACAGUGCGGAGAAUACAGAAUUUGAACAUAAAGAGAACCUUCUCACCAGCAUCACUGAAGAUGGAGACACACUCCUGCAUUUAGCCAUCAUCCAUGAAGAUGAACACUUUGCUCGUCAAUUGAUACAGCUGUUCCCCAAAGAUGUCUUGGACAUCCAGAACAACUUGUACCAGACACCGCUACACCUAGCCACCUACCUGAGCCUUUCUUCGGUGGUGCGGGGCCUGGUGGAGAGCGGGGCCAGCCUGGAGCUGCAGGACCAGGAGGGGAACACGCCGCUCCAUGUGGCCUGCGAACACGGCCGGGCCGAGUGCGCCACCGAGAUGACCCGGGAUGUCUCCUCCAGCAAGCUGGACCCUGUGCUGGAGUCCCAGAACUGGAGAGGUCUCACCUGUCUCCACCUAGCCACUGUGAACAGGCAGCAUCGUCUGAUGAAGCUACUGAUGAAGAAAGGGGCAGACCUCAACCUCCAGGAAGGUACGAGUGGUAAAACGUCUCUCCAUCUGGCAGUGGAGCUCCAUGACAUUGUCUCUAUGACGCUGCUACUGAACAAGGGAGCCGAUGUGGACGUGGCGAUGUUUAACGGCUGCACGCCACUUCACCUCGCCGUGGGCCGGCAGGACGCAGCCAUCGCCAACCUGCUCUGCCAGUCCGGGGCUGAUAAGCUGCUGAGGAACAUGGAGGAUGAGACAGCCAUGGAUCUAGCUGGCGGCAAUGAUGAUAUCCUUGCUCUUUUCCCUUUUGAUGACAUCCAAAUCCAGGGUAGGUCAGUGGUUAGAGUGCCAUUCUGACCGUGUACUUCUCUCACCACCUGAAUACUCUACAACUGGUGACAUUUGACCUCUUGAACAUCAUCAUGGAGCCUCGUCAGAAAACUGUAGCUUUACAUCAAUCACGUUUGUAAUUUGCUAUUUUUAAGGUGAUUUUUCAUUUAUAUAAAUCUUCGCUACAGGGUUAUUUAUCGUUGUUGUGCAGUGUAUAUGUGAAUGUGUGCGCUCUUUAGACAUUCACGUUGAAAAGUUGCUUAUUCUCUGCUAGCAAAGUGGUACAAAGGUGUAAUAUUAUUUGAUGGUUGAUACCCGUUUUCAAAUGCAGCAAAAUCAGCAGGAAAAUCUAAUGGAGACUUAAAUGAUACAUAUUUUCUCAUACAAGGUAACUGAUUUACUACCAAAAACAAAUGUAUGAAUAUGAGCGGAAAUAAUUCAAUUAAAAUGUUUAAUUUCCCUACAAAGUACACAGGGAAUCUACCUCUUUAUCACGUGUGUAUAAUAACAGAUUAUAGUGGGACAUUUAGCUUCAACACAUACAAAAUGCAUUGCUUUCGUGCUAUAAAUGAACAUUGUUUCAGCUUUCAAAUUGAAAAUGUUUUUCAAUUAUACUUUAGUCACUGUAAAUCUGUUGACAUGGAGCGAAGUUCUUUAUUAUCAUAAUUUAAUAUCUUUCAAUGUAUAUUUAAUUGAUCGGUUUCUGCUUUGAAUGCAUUGCCUUUCCAGUAUCUGUAUUGGUAAGACACAUUAAACAGCUGUAUUUUCGAUACAGUCAAAUAUUCCCUAUUUUACCAUCUUUCUCCUCCUUCAUCUCUGAUAAAUCAGGUAUGAUCCUUGUUAUGGUGUACUGAAUCAGACUGGCUUGUUUAGAUGUUUUGCCUUCUUUUAACACUUCCAAACUCUUAUAUUUUGUAAUAAAAUAAAUAAACCAAU